AUGAUAGCAACUACAAAUUAUGCUCGGAUAAAUUGGAUAACAUGUGUUGCACUUGCAAUACUUGGUCUAUCAAUUAGUACAAUCGUCAUUCUGUCAUUGAUUCCAGUCUAUUUAGAAGAUGAUUCCACAAAUAAAACAACAACAACAACAACUACAACAAAAGCACCAACAGGAAAAAGAUCAGUUUAUAUAGCAAGAGAUUUAGCAUUUACAUUUAAAAAUUCUCCAGCAAAACAUAAACGAUCUCUUCAAAAUACUAAUUCAGUAUUUGUACCAACAUCGCUAAUGAUUAAAUCAAUUCAGAAUGAAUUAAAUAUUGUACUGAAUGAUAUUAGUGCAGAAUGUAUUAUUACUAAUGCAACAAUGGCAUCAGAAAACCAUUUAAUACUAGCCUUACAAAUUUAUUUUCAUAAAAAAUAUCUUAUUUCUUAUAUAUCACGAGCAAAAUUAAUCGAACAAGUCUUAACAAAAUAUGAAAGUUUAAUAAUUUAUAAACAAUAUUAUGAUGAUUGUAAGAAAAAUCCGAUUACUAUUGAUCAAACUGUAAUGAUGUUACAAGCGAAUUCAAAUAGAUUUUAUAAAAUUUCUGGACCAAUUCAAAAACCUAUUGAUUCAAUUAAUCAACAAACUGAUGCAUGUCAACCCAUUCAAGCGACCAUUGCUGAACCACGAAAAUGUAUUCAGAUGGCAUCUGAUGAAUUUAAAUAUACAAUACAAGGUGACUAUUCGUCAGAUUAUAAAUAUUAUUGUUUUGAUUGGAAAGUAACAAAGAAAUGGAACACAUUCUUAUUAUCAUUUGAUUUCAAUACUAAUAAUCAAAAUUAUGUUUAUAUUGACGAUGUAACAUUUAAUUCAACAUUGAAUUUAAUUCAAAAUGGAGAUUUUGAAAUAAUAAAUGAUCAUGUAUGGAAGUGUCCGGGAACUUGUUAUCUUGAUUAUGUAAAAGAUAAUCCAAAAUCUGGUCAACUUAGUUUUCGUGCAUAUGGUAAAUUUUCUCUGACACAAUUAGUGCCAAAAUCAAUUGGUGGGGAUGAUAAUGAACUUUAUCAUUUUGGUUUUUGGUUGAAAUUGAAUUGUACUACGAUCAAUCCAUGUACAAUAAUUACUAAUAUUAAUACACCAGUUCUAGUAUAA